AUUCCCAUACACUUCCCUGAGCUCUAGGCUCUCUGUCCAGGGGCUGCCCUCUGGUGACCAGUUGGAAUGUGGGUUAAGGCUGCCCUCUGAUGACCAGUUGAAGAAGUGCGGGCUAUAGGCCGCCCUCUUGGCUCUGGGCUGGACACCCGAGGCUCAGGAAGGGCAGUUCCCAAACCGCUGGACCGUUACCCUGACCCCAAUCUCUCCACUGUGUGAGAGCUGCCCUCAGUCCCUUCACAGGGGUCACUGAUAAAUCUUUCAGAGGCCAUGAGUGAGAGAACAUGAUUAAAUCUGCUCCCUUCACCUGGCCACCAUGACCUUGGUGUCUGGGUGUGGAGAGGGGCCAGGCCCAUUACACACAGCUGGCCUUGAGGAAAUCCAAGCGGCUCACUCACCUGCACAUCAGUUCUUCACUCAGAGGAGGGUUGCGAUCUGGAAUUCACUAUGAGAUGGACAGCAGCAAGUCCUCAAACACUGAAGAAGCAUCUGGUGCCCAACACCUGGUACGCAACAGAUCUACUGCAGUGCUGCAUCCCUACAGGAACAUCCUGGGCCUAUGGCAGCCGGACAUUGGCCCCUACGGGGGGCUGCUCAACGUGGUGGUGGACGGGUUGUUCAUCAUCGGCUGGAUGUACCUCCCUCCCCACGACCCCCGUGUCAAUGACUCCAUGCGCUGCAAACCCUUGUUCCGAAUUCACCUCUGGGAAAAGAACAAGGCGGAGGUGGAAUGUAUGUAUGGCCACAAGGGCUCUCAUAAGGGAGACAUACAGAUUGUGAAGAAAGACGAGUUUUCGACCAAGUGCAAUCAGACGGAUUUCCACCGGAUGUCCGGGGGGAGACAGGAGGAAUUCCGGACGUGGCUGGCAGAGGAAUGGGGCCGGACCCUGGAGGAUAUUUUCCAUGAGCACAUGCAGGAGCUGAUCCUCAUGAAAUUCAUCUACACCAGUCAGUACGAUAACUGCCUGACGUACCGCAGGAUCUACCUGCCGCCCUCCAGCCCAGAGGACCUGAUACCUCCUGGCCUCUUCAAAGGGACGUACGGAAGCCACGGCCUGGAGAUUGUCAUGCUCAGUUUCCAUGGGACCCAUGUUAAAGUAACAAAGAUUACUGGAGACCCGAAUGUCCCUGCAGGACAGCUCACACUACACAUCGACAUGACGCGGCGGGUCCAUCUACCGGACAUCGAGCACUUGCACAACUUUGACAAACUCUCUCGGAUUGUGCUGGAAAUUCACCAGCAGGUGCAGUGUGACCAGCAGAACCAGGAGCACUGCCAAGCCAGCACCCAGCACUGUUUGGACAGCUCGCAGCCUGCGUGCAAUGGUGUACAGGAGCGACAGGAGCAGGGGGUCACUGCUGCAGGGGUGGACAUGCAGAUGGAUGCAGAGGGAGCGGUUGCAGGGGAGCCUGGAACUGCAGGGCUGCCCUUCGUGCUUCCUGUGGGGGUGAUGGCUCGCAACGAGGUCUAUCCAAGGACUUGUCGCGCCUGUUUCUAUGGCACUGGGCUGAUUGCAGGCCAUGGCUUCACCAGCCCUGAGAGGACGCCUGGUCUCUUCAUCCUCUUCAAUGAGCAAUGCUUCGGCUUCAUCUGGCUGGACCUGAAAUCCUUCAGCCUCUACAGUCGAAUUGAAGACUCGCUGAAGAAUGCACAAGCCCCUUUCAGAGAAGCUUUUGAGUUGAUGCUGAAGAACAUGCAAUCAUGGACGUCCUGACUAAUGCCAGCCCUUAAGGAAUGAAGCAAUCUCAGCUGCAGGGCUGCACUUCCUCCUCACAACCACUGACGCAUGCACUCUGGGAAGGAAGGUUGGGGUUUGACAUUACUAGACCCAUACCAUGCCUCCUGCUCACCUUGGCCCCUCUCCCUCUCACCUGAGCUACUACCCGAAGUAAUCUUGUUGCAAUGGUUUUGUAAUAGUUUCUUUUAGAGGCAUUUGUGUGGGCAGAGCAGAGAAUGAAGCCCAGACAGGAGGAUAGGAGGUCUCCUACCUGUAUGUUGGCAUGGCUGGCGUCAAUGGUAGCCAAGGGCAACGACUGGAAGAAACUAACUUUGCGCACUAACGUUUGACACUACCCUGACCUUAAGGGAAUUAGUCUUUAAUUUUGUUGCAAAUUAUUGAACAUGUUUAGUUAUAUGGUGUUUAGAAUGGAGCAGAAAGAGGAGAAUGGUCAUAUUUGACAUCUAAGAACAUAGACUGUACUUGGGCACAAUCUCUCCCUAUACACCAGCCACACGAGGCAAUGAUGCAAUAUCAGGUAAUAAAGUAUUAUUUAAAUCUUAGUUUAUAUAGUUAAGAUUGAAAGAUUUUAAUAUUUAUGUUAAGAAAAUUUAUAAAAAUUCUGUUUAUUGUUUUUGUUUGAAAUAAUUAUUUAAGUUUUAUGAUCUGAGACUUAAUUAAACUGAACUUUUGGAAAGUG